AUGGUUUCCCUAGAAACUGUUCAAGUAACAUCUAGGUCCAAUGAUCAACUUUCAAGCCCCCGAAUUUCUUUCUCUGCUGAAUUCCUUGAUGAUAAGAACUUCAUUUCCAUUAGUCCAAACCCACAGGCUGAGAAAGAUCGAGAAACAGAGCGAGAAAAGGCUAGAAAUGCAGAAUUUGAGUUCCUUUCAAGCAAAAUGAGUAGUCAGGCCAUGCUAACAGCAGAUGAGCUUUUUUUCGAAGGGAGAUUACUUCCCUUCUGGCAAACGCAGCAUUCUGAGAAACUCGACAAAAUCAGCCUCAAAACCAAAGAGGCCGAGGAAGAAGAGGAAGAGGAGGUGAGCAAGGAAGAGCCAAGGGUUUGGUUUGUUGAUGAUGACCCAUCUCCAAGGCCACCAAAGUGUACUGUUCUAUGGAAAGAGCUGCUACGGCUAAAGAAGCAACGCGCUUCUUCUUUGUCCCCUUCAUCGUCUUCCUCUUCAACAUCAUCUUCUUCUAGCUCCCUUGCAGACGUUGUUACUAAAGAAGAAGGGAAGAAAGGUUUCGGGAAUGGAGAGAAGCAUGUGAAGAGGAUAAAGAAAGGAUUGGAGAGAACAAGAUCAGCCAGUAUCAGAAUAAGGCCAAUGAUAAACGUACCAAUUUGCACACAGGUGAAGAGCAGUGCAUUGCCACCUUUAUUUCCCCUUAAGAAAGGGAGAUUAGAAAGUUCGUUUCAAAUCUCAAAUUGUUCCCCUACUUUUGUGUUUAGAAAGACUAUCAAGUACAUUUCAAUUGCUUCCGGACAGGAACUUGUGAGGUCUCGUGCCACAUGCAAAGAUGCCGAGCCUGAGAAUCAGCAAGGUCCACAUGGAAGGAUCGGCCAAAAGGAAUCUGAUCAACUGUCUCGAAACUAA